CAAAGUGUAGCAUUAGUUAAAUGUAAAAACAAUGACAAUGGACAUUCAAAAUAAUUAUCAAAGUUAUAAAGAGGCGUCUCCUGAUUCGAAGGAGACUAAUUUAAGCAUCGAGAGUGCAAGGACAUCGCAGAUCACGAAACCCGAGAUGCAGUCGACGGUGUUGAAUGCUGGGAAGACCUCGAAAAGAUCGUUCGACGUUGCUUUCCUCAUGAUGCCGGAUGAAAAACUUCGUCAAAAGCAACCUGAACGGCAACUUCGUGUGUCAAAACAACUCUUCAACAACGAAGAAUGGGAACAUCCGCUCAAGAGGAUCCCAGAAAUUUACAAAAACAGUGAGUACUCCAACGAAAACACAAUGGAUUUAAAAGAUCAAGACGACGACAGAAUGCGCAUUAAUAAUAACAUAUCUCCAAACUUUGGUUCUGAUAUUAACAUCGACGUCGGCACAGAUGAAUAUCCAAACAAAGCAAUGUAUUGCAGUGAUUCCGAGAAUUCCGACCGUUCGAGAAGCCGCCCGAACUCCAAUGAAAGUGCAGCAAGGCAGCCCAAAUUUCUACCCGAAUAUAAGAAUAAGAUUUUCGAUGAUCCGACUUUAAUUAGCAUGCAAUCAAGAGCAAGAUAUGAAAACCGAUACAUCGAGAAGCCGCCAGAGAUGUCACCGAGAAGCGCAUUUACGAAAGUUGCUAACUAUACUAUGCGUUCACCUAAUCCAUCAGUUAGUCCAGACAAUCUGCUGUAUCAAAAUUCUGUCAGUCCGCCUUUAUCUGUGACAAGUCAAUCGUCAAAUUCCUACACGAAAGGACCCAGUUUUAAUAAUCUACUGACACCUGCACAGCUUUUGAAUGGUAAUAAUUUCUUUAAAGCACAAAGUAUUCCGCCAUCUUCUCCAAAUUAUCCCGAACCGAGCUCAAAUCAAACAAGAACUAGUGGAGCGUUCAAAGGCGUUGAAUAUCAAGAAAAACAAAGUUCUCCAAAGCCACAGAUGUCUCCCAACAAGUUAAACUUUUUGCCAUUCAGACCAGAUAUACCUUAUUUACAAGCGGGAUCUUCUUAUCCAUUCAGUGUUCAAAACUUCCAACCACCGAAUCCCGAAUUCAUGAAGUUUCCAGUUCCACCGAGAGAACCGCUCAUUUCUAACCCAGCGGCUGCUAUACUCAGUACGUUGUUGCCACCGACUUUGGCUGCAUUUUCCUUGCCUGCUCAAAAUGUGUGUGCAAAAUGCAGCAUCAGUUUCCGAAUGACUUCAGAUCUCGUUUACCACAUGCGUACCCACCACAAGAGUGAGUCCGUAGCUGACCCUAACAGGAGAAAAAGAGAAGACAAAUUGAAGUGUCCUGUUUGCAAUGAGAGCUUUAGAGAGCGACAUCAUCUAACGAGACAUAUGACAGCACACCAAGACAAAGAAGGAGAUAUGGACGACGUCCCACAAAAUUAUAAUAAGAAAAGCAAACAGUUCUACCCGCACAAUGGUUCGCUCAUUCACAAAUGAGUCGCUUAUGCAAAUUUAAUGUCGGCCUCGGAACUGUUCAAAUUCAACAAUGUUGUAAUUAAUUAAUAAUAGUCAAUGUUUGAAACUAAAUAUGUCAGUUUUACGGUAUCGUGGAUUCAUGAUUUUGUUUUUAAUCGUUGUUGUUAUAUUAUUAAGAUAUAUCCUCUAUGUGCAAUAUUAUCAUUAAGUGUUUUAUUUCUUUUGUAAAUAUUAUUUUAGAUGUAGUAGCAAA